CAACACUUCAGGAAGGAUAGAGAAAAAAUAAAGUAAAAAGUUCUAGGGGUUCCGUGGUAGGAGUUUCAACAUAGGCCUUUAUCAUAUUCCCUUUUAGCUUUACUUUUGGAGCAAAGAUACCGCUCAGUUUAUUGGAUGAUAAGAUUAUGUCACGAUGAUUUCACGUGGCCUGGGCUUGUGCGCACCAUGUAUUUGAUACUAAAGCGUCAUUGUUUCGUCUCCACUGAGCACAAAAAGAAGAUUCUCUGAUCUGCUCAACCAUCCAUCACUUAAUCUGAUACGAAGGUUCGCUUCAAUCUAUUCACCGUUCGCCAUUGGCCGAUCUAUUCCUUCACAGUUUUUGCUGCUUCCUAAGUUUACCUAAAAAGUAUAUAACAGGUGGAGAACAGAAUGUCCAAGUCUCACACAAAUUUCGCGGAACAAAAAGAUUUUCUCUGCAAUUCUCUCGCGCUUUUUUUUCUCUGCAAUUUUCUCGCGCUAAUUUUUCUCUGCAAUUUUCUUGAUUUGGAUUUUGAAUGGCGCCGCAAGCAGGCAAAGAGCAAAAGAGGGAGGAGCAUGAUGGGAAGCGCGUGCAAGGGCAGAAUUACAGAGGAGUUCGGCAGCGGCGGUGGGGAAAAUGGGCGGCCGAGAUGCGACUCCCGGGGAAUCGAUCGCGCGUCUGGCUUGGCACCUUCGACACAGCUGAAGGCGCUGCCUUGGCAUAUGACCAGGCCUGUUUCCGCUGGCGAGGUGACCCUAAACUUCUCAAUUUCCCCCAACUUUUCCCAGAGCGGAAGCAGCAGCAGCAACAGCAGUCGAAAGAAAAUUCUUGGUUCACAAGCAGCAGUUUCAGAAACCCUACCUGCAAUUCCACGCAAGAUGAUGAGAAUUUGCCGCAGGAAUCGCUCGAAACGGACACGGCCGCUGCCGCUUCAACGCCGAUUCGCGCAUCCCAAGAUAAGAACCCUGAAUUUCUCCCCAAUUUUAUGUGGCAAGACUGGGACGAAAUUUGGUUCAACAGCGUUCCUCCUGUGCAAGAAAUUCAUGAAAAGGAGGAAGAGGAGGACAUAGUUUGGGAAUCUCUUCUUUUCUAACUAUCACGCUCACUGCUAAAGCUUCUUCUUCCAUCAACAUACACCAGUAUUAACUGGAUUGCGAGAAGCUUUCAAAGAACCAAUGCUUCAAUUUGAGAAGCCAUUUCAGCGUGUCAAUGAAUGUUUCUUUAGUUAGAAUUAGAUUUAGUCGUACUUCCACUACCAUAAUGGCUGCCUUCCCAUUCACAUUUUGCACACCUUUGUGACCAUAGUAAACAACUGGAACAGAUGAAAGUACUCUGUUCAGCUUCUGAAAUGUGAUAAGUCAGGGUUAAUCUGCGCAGAGCCAUAAUUUUACAGUCA